GGACGAAGACGAUAGCGUACGACAGGCGGUUUUCGAAGCUUGUUUUUGUCCAUAUUGCACUAUAGUAUGAUUAAGCCAUCUUUUGACGUUGGAUGGUAACGUCAAGCGGUUUCUAUUUCAGCAGCUUUAUUGCCUCAUGGCCUGAUGCGCUAAAGUACGGGUGUGGCGUGAUCGGUGCGACAAUGUGCAACCAAAAUUGCAGCUCAAUUCCAAAGUCCUGCCUUGUUUCCUUUCCUUGACCCAUGUUUCCAUGAUUUGACUCAGGCCUUGUUGCAAUGGCUCACUCAUGCUAUGGAGAAAGUAUUGAGGCUUAUGAUGUGCUCAAUCCAAUAGGCAAGGGAGGAUUUGCUUGUGUCUACCAAGCAAGAUGCAAGUGGUCGGGCAGAGAUGUUGCUAUCAAGAUGAUCGACAAGCAGCUGAUGAAGGCCAACGGCAUGGUGGAGCGCGUGCGCCAGGAGGUGCGGAUCCACUCGCGGCUGAAGCACCCCAGCAUCCUGGAGCUCUACACCUUCUUCGAGGACGACGAGGCCGUCUACUUGGUGCUGGAGCUCUGUGUGAAUGGAGAGCUGGGCAAGCACGUGCGCAACAAGGGCGCGCUCGUAGAGGACGAGGCGCGCGAAUACGUGCGCCAGAUCGUGGAGGGCAUGCUGUACCUGCAUUCCAACAAGAUCCUGCACCGCGACCUGUCGCUGUCCAACCUGCUGCUGGACGACCGAUACCACACGAAGAUAGCCGACUUUGGUCUAGCGACCCAGCUAAGCUCGCUGGAGGAGCGGCACAAGACCAUGUGCGGCACGCCCAACUACAUCUCGCCCGAGGUGGCCACACGCAGCUGGCACGGCAUGGAGGCGGACGUGUGGGCGCUGGGCUGCAUGCUCUACACCAUGCUGGUGGGCCGGCCGCCCUUCGACACGGAUGGCGUCCGCAGCACGCUCACCAAGGUCGUCAUGUCCGACGUCAAGAUCCCGGCCCAGAUCAGCCCGGAGGCGACCGGUCUCAUCACGGGCCUGCUGAAGAAGAACCCGUCGGAGCGGCUGCCGCUGACGGCCGUGCUGCAGCACCCCUUCAUGACACGCAACCGGACGACCGGCAGCAAGAGCGUACGCAGCCAGCACCCUUCCUAUGGCAUGGGCGCGGCGGCACUCCUGGCUAAAUUCCAUUACAUUUCUAGACUUCUGGUCGGCGGCCGACAGCGGAGUGGGCACGAUCCUCACGUCGUCGACCACCACCUGCUCAGCCGACCCGGCGACGGCGUCGAGUGCUCCUGCCGCUCGGGCCGUUCCGGCCGCUCCGGCCGCUCGGCAGGGCACCGCGCCACCGACGUGCUGCAGGGCAUUCAGCCGCCGUCUGCUGGCGUCGCUGCGGCCGCGGACGGUGCGCCGCCGCCUACCUCGCCGCUCACCACGCGCCGCCUCAAGCCCACACGCCAGAAGACCAAGAACGCCGUGGUGACGCUCUCCGAGGAUGGCGAGGUGUGCCUGGAGUUCGUGCGCCGCCGGCAGGGCCGCGAGGCGGUGGCUGACGUGUGUCGCAUCACUAGAGACGGCAUGCGGAUAGCGGUGUACCAGCCGGACGGUGGUGCUGUGCCCGUGGUCUCCGAGCCGCCGCCCAUGCCCCGCUCGGGUGCUGACGCCUUCUACAGCUACAACACGCUGCCAGAGAAACACUGGAAAAAGUACAUCUAUGCCGCGCGGUUUGUGAAGCUGGUGAAGGCGAAGACGCCCAAGCUGACGCUGUACACGGAUCGAGCCAAGUGUGUGCUGAUGGAGAACGGACCGGCCCCCGACUUCGAGGUCUGCUUCUACGACGGCUGCCGGGUGGUCAAGUCGUCCGAGGGCGUGGUGCUGCACGAGCCCGGCCGCAAGCCCUACACGCUGGAGAGCGUCGGCGGUCAGCAGUGUCUCUCCGAGCCGGGCCGCCUCCUCUGGGAACACUUCCAGCAGUGCCUGCACCACUGCGAGCAGAUGGAGGCGACGCUGGAGCGGCUGGAGUCGGGCGCACCGCUCGGCUGUUUCCCGGUGGUCAUCGGUCGGCGGCCGGCGCCGGCCGAGCGGCCCGCCUCGCCCGGCCUCGACCAGGAGAACCGCAGUCCCAACGCGGCCGCCGCCAGCCAGAUGCGCUCGUUCGAAGGCUCCGUGGUGAGCACGCGCACGGCCGUCUCGGCGCCAGCCGGCGGCAAGACGAUGCGACGCGCCCACUUCGCUGGCGUGGGCACGGCCACUCAGCUGGCGGACGGCCGGAUCCAGCUGGCGUGUGACGACGGCACGGGACUGACGAUCGAGCCGCGCUCGGGCGCCGUGCAGCUGCGCGAGCCCGACGGUCGGCUGCGGCUCUACUCCAAAUACGACCCGCUGCCGGCGCGCCUCAAGCGCGCCAUGCAGCAGCUGCCGCACAUUGUGCAGACGGUCGUGUCGGCUGUUCUGCCCUCGCGCCUGCUGCGGGUCGGUGCGCGCCGCGGUUAG